AUGGCACUAUUAAAGCUAAAGCUAGUCCUAAAUUGGAGGGCAGGAGCAGGAGGAGGCUGCUGCUGCCUGCGCAACGGCAACGCCGCGCUUCCAUUCCCUAAUGGGAAUCGGACCACCGCGACUUCCUCCGCAUGCAGCAGCUCCAACUUGUUCGUCGGCGGUCUUUCUUACGACACUAACGAAACAGCUCUCAAGGAUGCUUUCUCUCAAUAUGGUGAUGUUAUUGCAGUGAAGGUUAUAUGCCAUCCCACAACCGGCAAGUCAAAAGGAUUUGGUUUUGUCAAGUUUUCUUCACAAAACCAUGCUGCCGCAGCAUUGCAAAAGAUGAACGGAGGCCAUCAAAUUCUCGCCUUGGCUCUUCAAGCUGCUCUUAAUUUGCAGGAGGCCAUUGCUUGCGGAAAUUGA